UAUGUUGCCUUGUAAACAAUUAAGAAAAAUUGUUAUUAGAAAUUGUCCUAUAAAAAUUAUCUCUAUAAAGUUAUUCAUUAAUAAUAAAGAUUUGGACGUUGUAACUAAUGACUACAGAUGCAACGAAGGGUAUGGCUGCUAUUCACAGAAUUUAAUUUCCAACAAAAAAAUUCAAAGAAAAUGCGAUAAAGAUCAUUUGCAAAUAUUUAUUCACGAAUCUUGUAAAUUAGACUGUCGAUCCAGUUGUUUAUCGAACGAGGUCCUUCUUGCGUCAAACGACCCUACAAAAGCCGUUUUAGAUAGGAAAAGUACCUGGUACGAAACGAGAAAGAACUCCUGCUUUCAGGAAGAUUUUAUUACGUGUUUAGAUAAGGAUUUUGAAGGCGAAACUCGCAAUCUUUCGCCAAUUCUAACUUUUAAGGAGACUGAUGAAAUAGAUAACUGUAAAAUUGUUAAAAUUGAUACUGAUUUAUGGAAAGAGAAUGAACUUAUUAGAUUAGAUUACAUAGAUUGCAGUCGUCUUAUUAUAAUUGGUAGUAAAAGAUUAAAAAAUUCAAAUUUUAAAGAAAUUCGUUUAAGUUUUAAAGGAAGACCUUCAAUGACUUUUAAAGAAAUAUUUUCAAGAGUAGCAUUUAAGAGGGUUAUAAUUAACAACAUGGAUAUUGAUGUUUUAGAUUUUGAUUGGUUUAAAGAUUGGAUUUUCUCUCGAAUUUCUAAAAGGUCUUUAAUACUAAACAACUGUAAUAUUCACCAUAUAAAAGAUAGGCUAAAUAAUUUUCUGUGGCACAACGUAGAAUUUAAAAGAUGCUCAUUUAAAGAUUCUAUUAUCACUCUACCAAAAAGCGUCAUUCAGCUUGUUUACACAGAUAUUUCAAAUAAAAAACCCAUUAAAAUUUAUGAAAAUUCUAUUGGGCGACGAACUGAAUUAUUAAGAAUUAGCGGUGAAAAAAAUCAGUUAGACUUUAUUGAAAGAGACGCUUUUAAGAACGCCCAGAGCUUGACGGAUUUAUUUUUAAACUUGAAAGUUUCAAAAGUGAAAGUUAGUCGCUAUUUAAAGAAUAUAACCUAUUGGACAAGUACAUUUCUCUUAAAUUUAACAAUCCGUGUAGACUACUUAGGAGAUACUGAAGCUAAAUCGCUAAUUGAAUACAGAAAAUUGAAACUAAUUAACUUGAUCAAUAGCGAUAUUGUUAUUGUUAAUAGUUCAUGGGUACCAAGGAUAGACGCUUUAUCCAUCGUAUUUACAAAUAAAUGGCCUAGAAUUAUUCAUCUUGCAAUAUUUGAAAAGCGGCAAAGUUUACGAAUAGAAGCUUUCAAGGGAAUAAACGAUAAAGAAUUUAGAAUAAGUGUUAGAGAAAAAUAUACGGAAAGAGAUGAUAAAUCUCAAGCUUUAGCUGAAUUAGCAGAAACUGUUAACUUUCUCGUUCUGAUUCCUGGAAAGUUUCCUCCUAUGUCACAACAAGAACAGGAUAUAACCAUAAAAACAAGUGCAGGCGCAGUUGAUUUAGCCUUUGAUAACGUGAGAGAAAACAUUUUACCAUCGUUUGAUGUAAAGUAUACUAUAAUUGAUACAGAUUGUGACCCAGUUGUUGUUUUAGGAAAAUCUGCGGAAAAAUUGUUAAGAGGUAAUACUACUGCAAUAAUUGGACCAUACUGCGAAAAAGUAACUUCAUUCAUAAAUGCUAUAUGUUCGCAAUUAAGAAUUCCGUUAUAUACUGGUUUUACAAAACCUGACCAGUAUACUGAUAAAAAAAGAUUUAAGGUGUUUGUCGAUAAGGCUAAUCGACAUUACAGCGAAAUUACAAAGAAAAUAUCAAACGAAAUGAAUAAUCAUGGCAUUGAAAUUAUUGAUCUAGUGGAGUAUAUUCCCAGACCCAUAAAGGAUUCGUUUUACGUACAAGGCGGUAGGAUAAUUGUUUUGUGUCUCUCUGCUGGGAGCUUCAGAAACUUUGUAAGCUCUUUCAAAAACAGUCGACACAAAGCAAGAGGAUACUUUUUCAUUGUAAUACAAAUAGCAAAACAAGCAGUACUCGAUACAUUUUCCUGGCAAAGGGUCAAACCCGAGGACGAUUUACUGAAAGAUAUUUACGAAUACAUGUUUUUUGUCAGACUCGGUAAUUUUCAAAAAAGAGAAACUUAUACAAAGUUUAAUGAGAUGUUGAAAGAACUAUCCUGGAAAAAUUACAACUAUAGAUAUGGCGAGAGAGAAAAAGUUGAAUGGGCAACUUACUUGUUAUACGAUUCCGUUAUGAUAUCCGCACACGCUAUAAAUAGAACGUCAAAGUUAAACUUAAACUAUGGAGAUGUUUAUGAUAUACGUAGAGGCCUUCAUAAUUUGGAGAUACCGCAAGGCCUAUCUGGUUAUAUAUAUUACAAUGACGCUUCAGUGAGAUUUCAAGACUAUAGCGUUUAUCACUUUCAACGCGGAAGAGAAGAGCUGGUAUUUCAAUUCUUGGCUAUGAAUGAAUCUCUUAUAGAGAAGACCGAUAUUAUAUGGGAAUCUGGGAAAGUUCCUGCAGAUAACUUUGAAAAAUGUGAUGAUAACUUUGAAAUUUGUCCUGAUGGUAAACGAAAGUCAAGAAUGAGAAUAUUAGAGAUAAAUACUCAUAUAUAUUAUUUUUAG